GGUGAUGUAUAUAGUGCAGUCAUUUAGUGUUUUUUUUACGGAUAUAAUCGCGUGCCGGAUAAUUGAUGAUCAAAUGUAUUUAUUUAAAAUCCUUUCAAAGGGUCUAAGACACGCCCAUUAUGAGCGCGGGCUGGGAGGCGGGAGAGAGUUGCGAAACAAUGGGACGUAGCGCAGUUUACCGUGAGGCAUCGACAUGAAGACACCAACAGCAGCAGAAGCUUCUGUCAGGAGAUGCCAAACUCUGAUCUACCUCUACUUUCUCGUGUGCGCCCGCUGUGAGGGGCUCUUCGAGGUGUGGGUGCAGCAGUGGGUGAGCGCUGCCACUGGGGAGACCGCCAUCCUGCCGUGCAACUACACGUGCAAUCAGAACAGUGAGCACUUCGAGUUUCACUGGCUACGAAUAUUGAAUAGCAGCAAAGAGAAGAUCUUCUCGAAGAACAGCAAGGGAGAGGUUACCUUCUUGGAGCGAGCUCACUGGCUUGGCACCACCGACUUGUGCAACGCCUCCAUCGCUAUACGUGACGUGCGGCCCUCCGACUCAGGAUCCUACCUGUGCCAAGUGCUGCUGCUGCCCUCCUUCAAUGAGGGUCAAACAUCGCUCAUCCUGGAGGUGGUGGCCACAAGGGACGAGGGACGCGAAUUGGUGCCUCAGUCACCUUACAUCCGUAUAAGUAUAGCUUUAGUGGCAGUCCUUGUUUGUCUUCUAAGUGGUGCCUUCGGAUACUAUGUCUGUAAAAAGUGGAAAUCUGAAUCGACACAACAAGAAAUCACGCAGAGAGGUCAGCAGGGCAGAGGAAGACGAAGGCGAGGAGAAGACUCCAGCAGCACGAUGGGAUCCCACUCAAAACGACAGCCCUGAGGUCCCCUCCCGGGGUUCCUCUUAUACUGUCAGCAUGGCCUGUCUCCGACCCCGGCCACGCCCCCUUCUGGAACCUACUAGCAGGUUCUCGAUGUGCCCUUUCCGUAACCUUUCCCCUAGAUCCCUCUCUGGUCUAUCACGUGGCCUGCUGUCAGUCAAGGCUGCUGUAAGCUGCAGAUCCCCUUCCCUGCCAGCAGCCAGCGCUAUGCUGCUACUUGACCGAUUCUAUGUCACUACACAAUUAACCAAAAAUUCGAAUUGCAUAGGGUACAUACAUCUCUGCUGAUAUUUUACCACGAAAUGCAAGCUUGGUGCAAGGCAUCAAAACAAUAGGUUACCAUGGGAGUCCAGUUAACCAUGACAGUCCAGUUUACCAUGGUAGUCCAGUUUAUCAAAAUGCCUCUUCUUGUAAUUGUUGUUUCCGACUCCCUGGCCUCGGGCGUUUUGCAAUGAGGGUUUGCCCCAUCAAUGAAGUGCAAAGUUGGGAAGGGCCAUCGGCACCAUCACCAGAGGAAGUUGUUUUGUCAUAUAUAGAAGUGAUAUAUAUAUAUAGAGGUUAAUACUUCGUUGUCUGAAAUAUGUAGGAUUUUAAAUUCAUGUUUCGUGGUGGGGUGUGAUUGGUCAAUUGGUGGAUCGAAAAUCAUACCACUGGACUGGCAGAUCCAUGCAGGAGUUACCCAACUUGAUCAGGAAGGCGACUGCCACUCGCAGUCUCAGACCUUUUACCUUCAAGGGCCUUCCUUCAGGGUCUUACAGAUACGUUUGGGAUCACCUUGUGAAUCCAAGGAUGUCCUGAAAAUACUGGUGUUUAGUCUGCCUUAAUACGCUGCAACAAAUUAGUUUGUUUCAGCAAGCUUUCAGACUGCGUUUCUGAACUCACGGAGAUGCAUUCAAGAUAAGCCACAGAAAUGCGAUUGUUUGUCAUGCAAGCCAACCUAUGGAUCAUAUCAUAAGCCACCGUAGUCUGCGCUCUUGUACUAGAGGAAUGGCAAAACUGCGCAAAAUCUCUGGCCUGAGGCAAUUUUUUUGGUGGCUAUCAAGACUUCAACAUUGGCGGUCAGCUCAUGAACAUAUUUAUAUGAAUGCAAGAAUAAAAUAAAAUAAAUCACUUUUUACGUAAAAAAAUACAUGCUUCUCAAUGCCCAGCGUUUCGAAAUGCACGUUUUGUUAAUCGAAAUUAUUAUUAUUAUUCACAAUAAGAAGUUUUGUUGAGUUAGAUUGUGUAAGUGUAAAUGUGUUGUUAAACCCGUCGCCACCACCCGACAGCCAAUCAGUAAGGUUUGUCACGUAAACAAAACAUAUUAAUUAGUUAUUAGUUCCCGGUAGUGUGUUGGAGAGUAACCCACAACUACAUUACAAUUCCAGUACCCUUGUGACGUUUCGCCGAUAAUUACAAUUCAGCCUCAUCAGGCAACAGCCAGAGUUGGGGAGAAAUCCUUCCCCUGUUUCGGUCUUACACGAUCUAACCUAAAAAAACAUUUAUUAUGAAUACUAUUGGUUUGUGAAAGCCUCCUACCUGUUAAACUGACAAUCAUUAUUAUUAUGACUCCCGUCUCCCAGCCACAAGUAUGUGUUAUAACCCCACCAUUCCCAUCCAAAUAAUUAAUAUAUCGUAAAUGGAAUCCACCAAACUCAUCUAUUGUUAUUACUCUCAAAACUGAAGCUAAUUGUUUUGUCUCUCUUGUUCCUUCAUAGAUCGACUGAGCAAGAAGUUCCCCUCAAUGCCAUUCAAACAUAGCAGUCAUCUAUUUUAUUUUUAUUUUUCCAGGUAUUUAUGUUGAACUUCUUUUACACCGUGCGCAGCCAACCAUGCAGAUCGGAGGUGUGGGAAAGGCAAGGCCCCACUGCUAUAUGCAGCUCUUUUUUCAGAAGUCAUCUUGCCACAAAUGAUUGCUCAACGAAGUGGCUUAUUGUCACGUGGACAUUUUUAGCAGCAUACAAAUACUCUAAACGCAUGACGUAGAUUUUAAAUGUAGAGAAAAAAAACGGAGGAUCCGGAGAAAAAUCUAUGCUAUCAUGGAGAAUGAGAGAGAGAGACACCGCACAAUUCCAAUAUACAACAGGUAUCGUCCAGGUCGGGAUCAAAGCCACGACUUCCUGUAUACUAGGCAAGGUAGUGAACAUCUCUUAGCCACCGUGUUCUCAAGCUCGACGAGACAUCUCUCUCUCUGGGUCACGGCCGUGUUAUCCAAUAGGCCAAAGUAGGCACUGUGCCUAGGGCUGACGAAAACAAAAAUGUUACAAUGUUUUGUUGUUGUUUGUACGAUAAAAAUUUUUACCAAGAUAUCUUCUUGAAUAAAUAUAUUGAUAUAGCAAGGAUAGGCACAGUGUAUCAACAAAAAGGCAGAGUAAUUUCAAUCGUUUUUUUUUCAUAAGUUGCGAGAAAUUAACAUUGUAGGUGGACUUUUCGAGAUGUUUUCAUUGCAAAAUUAUCAAUAACACCUAUUGUGUUUUUCGCACAACCAAGCGAGUGGGCAGCAGUGCCAACUGUAGAAAGUUAUCACUGACGGCCUACUAACAGAAGUGCCUAUGCCAUUGGAACCUCCUUUGCCAGUAGCAAAAUGAUAAUUGGCUUUUUAUCCUUUUAUCUGGCAACAAAACUGACACCUUUUUUUAUUAGGAGUCAAGUUUGCAUUGACCACAAUACCUGCGGUCAGAAUGCAAACAAAAAACACAACUCUGAUAAUGUAUGCACUGUCCUUGAAAUUGAUUGGUCCACAACCGAGACAGCUUUUCUUAUAGCCUAGUCUCACAUGGUGUUGGACCAGAUAACGCCAAAAGGCGCACUAGUGCGUCAGAGUACGAGAGCUCGGGUAAGCAUUUACACCAUUGGAACCUCCUUUGCCAGUAGCGAAAUAUGAUAAUUAUCAGAAGUGCCUAUGGCCUACAAGAACCUUCAGGCUUGCCUUGAGUUGGUUAUUAAUGGUCACUUCCAAGCUGCAUCCUAAACAAAUGUCGAGGAACAAACAUGCAAAGGAGGCAGAGCUGUCUUGCUGCCAGAUGAACUGUCAUGGGCGACGUUUUAAUCCACGGGAACAGCAGGGUCCACAGAAACUUCGAUAAUUAAUCAUUCGUGGAAUGGCGUCCUAUGACACAUUAUUUUAUUGCAAAAUAAGUGGAUUCACCGACGUGUUUGUGCGUCUCCGUGUUGCAUAUAUCGGGUCUUGAAAAAUGACUAAAAUAAGAAAAAUGUAGUGAAAAUGGGAAAACGGAUAAUGUUCCAAAGUUAUGUUAAUUUAUACAAUUAUGCACAUAAUGUAUGCUAAUUAGAUCCGUUAUUGUAUUAUGAUAUGCAAGUGCAUGCAAUUAUGCUAAGGUAUUCAAUUAUGAUAAUUGGGUUCUGCCUCGUUGCCCUGGGUUGCAUUAUCAAUCCGGAUAAUACAAUUAAUGGUAUGAAGUUAUGCAAGUGUGAUGUUAGUAUGCUAAUUAAGCUCGGCUUCAUUGUCUAGGGUUGUAUUAUCAAUCGGGAUAAUACAAUGAAUUUCACUUUAACUUUACUGAUUAUGUUUUAGUAUGAUUAUGUCAGGUCUCAUAAUUCAAAUCUCUUCGCAGGAUACAGUUCUUAUAAUCAAGAUUAUUAUGUAUGAACUUAGGAAGGCACCACUCAGACACUUCUGUGUUAAGCAACUUUAAUCUCUAAACAAAAAAAACAUAACACUCGAAUAUACGAACUCUUUUGCUUGGAAUAGUCAACAGUACUCCUGGAGAUGUUCUCCUCAUUGAUCCGUACAUUUAACCCUCAAUGAUUACGUUUGUUAAACUGGGUAACAGAGCAAUCUAUGAAUUCCUCAGAGUAAAGCAAGCAUAUACGGCGAUAGGAAAAAGUUCUUAAAAAUGAAUGUAACAAUAUUCAUACGAACAGCAAUAAAGAAACAUGUUCUGAAAGCAAAAGUAGACUUCAAUGGAUUCAUUGAUAAAAUUAUGCAAUUAACGAAAUGUCUUGGAACAAUGGUGUGCGGCAGUGUGCCUGCUUGUCUAGCAAAUGCUUAUCAAUUGGUUAAGGCUUCAAUAAAUUGCGGGCAAGAUUCUGUGAUAAAAAAAAAAGAUUUCAACACAAGUCUCCCUGUGAGUGUGUAGAUACGUAACAUAAGUUUCGAAAUGUUUAGUUUCAUCAAUUAAUUCAUUGGUACAGUUAUGCAAUUAACAAAAAGAAUGACUAAAAUACUUCUAAACGACCAUAUCCCACGUGAAUCAAUGGGCAGCAAUGUUUUUCAUGAUCAGCUAAUAGUUGAUGCACCACCUUAGGAUGGCCACCCUUUUUGAAACACAGAUAGAACUUUGGAGUACUCUUAUUAGUCCCAAUAUGCCCGUUAUGUGUGUGUGGGUGGAUUGUCUCCUAGCUCAACUCUUUGCGUUAAGCAGACGUCGAGGUUGGGCAUUCCUUGUUGCGAUGAGUGGUGUGUGUGUGGGUGUAUCAUACACACGGCUUCCUCACUCUCUCUCGCUCGGCGGCAGCUGCAGGCUCCUUUCACUGCUGGAUGAGCUGAGUCAGCACGACGCUUGUCUUUGAAGGUGCUCUAUUCACGCUCGCAGCUCGUCCGCUAGCAGCUGACACCCUUCCUCCUGCUCGUACUCUUUGGCGAUGCAAGAUGUGCUCGUAGCUCGUUCGCUGGUGGCAGCCACCCUUGCUCGGUGGAGCUGGUGGCGCUGGCUGCGCGCUCUCUCCUGCUCCGUGCUCUCUGGCGGUGCACGAUUGCGCUUGCAGCUGGUCCUCUGCGAUGCUGGCUUGUUCGAUGCUUGGUGCUUUUCCGCCCUUCCUCCAGGUUGAUUGCUUGCCGUUGCUCGUCACUCUUUCUUGCGAAGCCACGGCCGGUAAUGUGUUGUCAUUACGGGCAGCCCUGGUUAAAGGGAUGUAGUACCAGCCCUAGCGGGGCUUGGGUGAGCACGGGUUAGCUCGGAGGCACCGCGAGCAGUGUGCGGUGCGGGCUCCCUGUGAGGGAGCGAGAGGGAGCAUUAGCCAGCCAGGGUUACUUUGGGGCAUGAUACACUGGUUGACCUGCUGUCACGUGACCGGACAAUAUUGGAGGGGGGCCACCGGUGGACGGGGGCCGAGGGGUGGUCACGUGGUCCAAAGGAGCUCUCGGGAACCUUCGAGAAGGAGCUGGAGAGGCCUGGAAGGUGGGCGGGACGAAGGGCGGAGCCAGCCCCAGCCUGGGGGCAUAUAACAAGGGCCCUGUGAGUAGCUCAGGGUUCUUCGUGUGCUAUUGUUACGAAGAUCCACGAUGGGGAGAAGGAAGCCUCUAGCCACGCGGUCCGGGACCCAGCUUGUGGUCCGGACUGGGAUAGCGAACUGUGUCUAGUUCUGUCAUUUCGUGGUUAGAUGGGCAUUCAAGACCCGAGUGUAGAUCGUGUUGUGUUACGUGUUAAUGCAAAAGAAAUAGUGUUGCUCCAAAGAUAAUGGCUGCGACUCAGUUGGACUCACUACACAUGCACACAGCCCAUUCAUCACAGACCCCCCCCACCCCAUGCCAGUGGAGAUUCCCUACACAUGUUGAUCGGCGGAGCCAACUUUUGAAUACCUCCUCAUGUAGCGUUUAGUUUUGCGUAACAGACAACACAUUGAGUCCGGUCAAGCAACUACAGAAUUUAAUCAGCAUGGAAGCUCUCGAUAUAGAGGUGAGCUCACACACAAUACUAGGGGGUGACUCGAUUGAGUCUCUGUGUACAAGUGUAAUAAAUCCCGUUCAGACGA